AAUCUGGCCUCAGUCGGGCGCGACGCGCCAUAUGCGGAGGGUCAUUUGUCAGCUCGCUCACAAAGGCCAAUAAUCUCGCGCGUGACACGUGUGCCUCCCCGCAAUAAAAAGCGUUACGUGUCGCGCUGCGUGGAAAAGGUUUUCCGCCCGCCGCCCGGCAGAGAGAAUUCGGCCGCCGGCCGGUGCGCUUCGCGGUCGCGUCGUCGUCGUCGUCGUUGUCUCACGUCUUUUUCUCCUCACAUCCCCGACACCUCGCCGGAGGGAUCACUCGCUGAAUCGCGGAUCAAACAAUCCCGCCGCGUUCACGAGGGGUGAACGGCCGCGGCGAUCGCGACUUAAAUUCGGCAGGUUCGCGCGAGAUGUUCUCGCCUGGUCGCGCUUCGAUCCGCAGCGUGCGGUAUUCGCUGAUCGAGAGGGUGCAGACAACGUCGUAGGGGCAACCUGCCGGGACUUCUGCUGGAUGAUAAGCGCCCCUUUCUCCUUCUCAUCGCCUUCGUAAAGAGCGGACGGUCUUCACGAUAAAGAGCGGAAAAUGAGCGAAACCGGAAGACGAAGCGGCACAGAGAGGACGUGAAGCAGGGGGUGAAGGAGGUCGCCGCCGUACGUCGCGGCGAAGAUGAGAUCGGAAGCUGCUCUGUACCUGCUCUCCCUGCUGAUCCUGCCGCUCGAUGAUCCUUCGUGGGCUUCCGCUGAGAUCAGAGGAUGCAAUCGCACCGUCAGGAACUCGGUCGGCUGGAUCCGCUGGACGGGACGGAUGGGUCGCUGCAUCGUGCGGAUCAGGGCGCCGCUCAGGGACCCACAGGUGAUCGAGGUGAAGGUCCGGAGGCUGCAGGUGGGCUUCCUGAAGGAGGCCCGCUGCGAAGGGGCGUACUUCCAGCUGUCCGACGGCCCGGACGAUCCCGACGACGAGGCCGGUCGAUACUGCGGCCACGUGACCGGAAACGCCACGAGGCUAUUCCUGCGUCGCGGCCCCGACCUGACGAUCACCCUGUCCUCGGACGAGCACUUCGCCUCCACGAACCCGGUCAUCUUCUCCGCGCAGUUCUCCAUCCUGCCGGUGCGCCUGGCGCUCGAGCGUCACCGCGGCUACUCCGCGUCCUCGUCGCCCACGUGUCCUGUCGAGUGCACCAUGCGCAAUGAGCAGCGUUCCUGCAGGCUGACCUCGCCCGGUUACCCCAGCGUGUACCCGCGCGGGAUCAGAUGCAGAGUCGCCCUCGAGUCGAGCGCCGAUCGCUUCAGGAUAGGCGGUCAACCGGAAGACCUGUUCGACUUGAUGAACUACGGCGAGCAAGAGAGCUGCCGGAUAGAGAACUGCGAGGACUCGCUCGAGCCGAAGAGCCUCGGCCAAACGUCCUCGGCGGAGAGGCUCGCGAGGGCUCGGGAUCGCGCCGAUGCGAGGGAUGAGCCCGCCAUCGGCAUCGGGGACAAUUGGCCGAGGGACAACAAUGGCCAGGCUGCCGCCGCGGCCGGGCCGCGAAGGGGAGGCGAAGAAGCGAGCGAACGGUUAAUGAGGCAGAGACACUACGAGAAGAAGGCGGCGCGGCGCCGGGGGAGGCAAUACCGCAAGGAGCCGCCGAAUAAUAAUAAGUUUGACGCGAGCGUGUCGCGGCCGAGGCUCAAGUCGGGGACUACGAGAAAGGACCAGCGGAAGCUGCCGAAUCGCCACCUCGCUGGCGACUUUGAAAGGCUGGCCGAAAUGGCCGCGAAUAACGCGAUGGUGCCGGAGGAGCGCAAGCACCUCGAGGAAAAUCGCUGGUCGGGGAACGUCACGUGCAACGGCGACUACCUCGCGCUCCUGGAAAAUGUGGACGGCAAGGUGCUGGAGAUCAGCAAGUUUUGCGGCGCUGGCCGAGUGCCGCGUGUGUUCUCGCGCGGAAAGAACGUGAUCCUGGAAUUCCUCGCCCGGCAGGACGGCACGGUGAUGCACGACGGCUUUCAGGUGACUCUGCUGGAGGAACGACUCCCGGAGGCGAGACACGCGAAUUGCGAGUUCGUAUACAGGAGCUCCGGCCGCGUCCGGGAGAGCAUAAAGUCCCCGCGGAGCUGGUACCCGCCGAAUACCGUGUGCACGUACAGGUUCCUCGGCAGGAUCAUGGAGAGGGUGUCCAUUCAUAUAAAGAUCCUCAGGAACGAAUUCGCGCCGGAGAAGCCGGCCGAGACCAGGCGGGACUUCAGCCUGAAUUAUUGCCCCGGCAACGAGAUCGCUGUUUACAACGGCGCGCAGGUGAACGGCAGCUUCUUGAUGUGGUCCUACUGCGACGCGUCUCACUGGGACAUCAACAACAUCCAAGUCCCUUUGACGUCUAGCGGAAACGAAUUAUUGAUCCAGUACUACAGCGCCAAAGGGUCCUACGAUGGUCAGGGAUUCACCUAUGCUAUAUCCUACAGGUUCGUCAGAAAGGAGCAGAACAUCACGGCGAGACGCGGCCGCGGCAAAUACAAGUCGAUCUCCCUGAGGCCGGUCAACCUGUCGGUUCUGAACCUCAACGACACCGACAACUGCAACUGCAACUUCGACAACAGAAUGGGCACCUUCAAGAAUUGGUUCGUCGUGCUGGUGAUCCUCGGGAUCGUGUCCUUCCUCGGGGCGAUCGUCACGAUAGUCGCCCUGAUAGCGAAAUUCCUGAAGAUCAGAUCGUCCGAAAAGAAACUCUUGCAAAACGCGAAACAAUGAGCGCACCCGCCUGCGAGCGCGCUCACCCUGCGGAAGUUCUCAGCUUAGUCGUAAUGAGAUUGAUUCUGAGAGGGGGGAGGCGGGAGAGAAAAAAGACGCAGAGUAUAUCACCCGAGGCUGGGGAGGAACGAACGAGCGCUGAACUCGGGGCGGUUCGCAUCGUGCCAAAAAAAAUUGAGCGAGGUCCCACCGAGACUUGAACUCGGAUCGCUGGAUUCAGAGUCCAGAGUGCUAACCAUUACACCAUGGGACCUUGGCGAUUUUUCUAUGUAGCAUCGAAGGUCAUAUUGAAAUGCGCGAGCUGCCGCCGAGGGUUGCGGGGACUAUCGCGUCGCCGGAUCCCACGAUGGAGAUCGAUUUUACCACCUCGAUCGACAUCGCGCCGACAUAUCCGACAUAUCGCGGCACGAGUCCCUCCCUCUCCGCCAAUCGAAGGGUAAAUGUACAUAUGCGACUAUGUAUAUCGAGGUGAAUUUUUAUACAUAACACACGAAACAAUAAUAAAGCCCGCAAUAAAGCACAGUGAAACAAC